GCGCGGGGCCGGCGGCGGCAGUGGGCGCGCGGCGGGCGAUGCCGGGGCCCCGCGCGGACGAGGGCGGCGGCGGCGGCGGGGCCGAGGCCGCGGGGCCGGCGCGGGAGCCGGCGCGCCUGUGCGGCUACCUGCAGAAGCUGUCGGGCAAGGGCCCGCUGCGCGGCUACCGCAGCCGCUGGUUCGUGUUCGACGCGCGGCGCUGCUGCCUCUACUACUUCAAGAGCCCGCAGGACGCGCUGCCGCUCGGCCGCCUGGACAUCGCGGGCGCCUGCUUCAGCUACGACGGCCCCGACGAGGCGGCCGAGCCCGGCGCCGAGCCGCCCGCGCACUUCCAGGUGCACAGCGCGGGCGCCGUCACCGUGCUCAAGGCCCCCAACCGCCAGCUGAUGACCUACUGGCUGCAGGAACUGCAGCAGAAGCGCUGGGAGUACUGCAACGGCCUGGACAUGGUCCAGGGGGCCGGCCGCAUCUCGCCCCCCCCGGGGGACGGCUCCCGGGGCCUCGUGGCCAGGGGCGCCCCAGACUUCCUGUACCCGCACCCCAACGCCUCCGCAGAGAAAGCCCGGACCGUCCUCGCCACGGACACGGCCCCCGGAGAGCUGGUGGGGGAGCAGGCCGCCAGCCAGCCCGCCCCGGGGCCCCCCAGCUCCAUCAACUUCUCUCUGAGGCAGUGGGGCGCCGAGCUCAGGAAUUCCAUGUCCUCCUUCCGGCCGGGAAGGGGCCAGGACAGCCGGAAGAGCGUGUUCUACACGCAGGAGGAGUGGGAGCUGCUGGACCCCAGCCCCAAGGACCUGGAGGAGUCGGCGUCGCAGGAGGAACGGCGGAGGCAGGCGCCGGAGGGGGGCAGAGGCGGUGCGGGCUCCGGGUUCCUCUUCGACCUGGGCCGUGUCCCCUACAAAGGCAGGCGCCCCCUGAGGGACAUGAUCGGGUCGUACAAGAGUCGCCAUGGCAGCGGGGACCAGGCCCCCGAGGGGACGCCCGGGGCGCCGGGCGCCGGGGGCGCCAGCCGGGCCUCGGACCCGGACCUGCAGCAGCAGGUGCAGAGCCAGCAGGAGGAGCUGGAGCAGCUGCGCAAGGAGCUGUCCAGCCAGAAGGAGCUGGUGCGGCUGCUGCAGCAGACGGUGCGCUCCUCGCAGUACGACAAGUACUUCGCCGGCAGCCGGCUGUGCGACGGGGCCGCCCCGGACACGCUGGCGCUGCUGCACCAGAAGGACGAGCAGAUCCUGGGCCUGACCCGGCAGCUGGACCGGCUGGGCCUGGAGAAGGAGAGCCUGCAGCAGGAGGUGCGCACGCUCAAGGCCAAGGUGGGCGAGCUGAGCGAGCAGCUGGGCAUGCUCAUGGAGACCAUCGGGGCCAAGGACGAGGUCAUCAUCAAGCUGUCGCGGCAGCUCAGCGAGGGCGAGGGCCGCGCCGCCUCCCCCGGCCCGCCGCCCGGCUCCCCCUCCGCCAGCCGGGACCAGCAGGAGCUGGACAGGCUGAAGGAUAACCUGCAGGGGUACAAGACCCAAAACAAGUUUCUCAACAAGGAAAUCUUGGAGCUCUCGGUGCUGCGGAGAAACGCGGAGAGGAGGGAGAGGGACCUGAUGGCCAAGUACGCCAGCCUGGAGGCCAAGCUGUGCCAGGUGGAGAGCAAGUACCUGAUCCUCCUGCAAGAGCUGCAGACGCCCGUGUGCGCCGAGGAGCAGGGCCCCAACCGCGAGGUCAUCGCGCAGCUGCUGGCCGACGCGCUGCAGGUGGAGGGCCCGGAGCAGCCGGAGCAGGCGCUGCUGAAGCCGCGGCUCGUCAGCGAGUAUGACAUCUACGGGUUCCGGACGGUGCCCGAGGACGACGAGGAGGAGCGGCUGGUGGCCAGGGUGCGGGCGCUGGACCUGCGGGGCCUGACGCUGGCGGAGACCCAGGAGGCGUCCACGGGCGUCAAGUGGGAGAACUACCUGGCGGGCACCGUGACGCGGGAGAUGGCGCGCUCCCCGGAGCUGAAGGCGCUGGUGCGCGCGGGCGUGCCGCACGAGCACCGCUCCAAGGUGUGGCGCUGGUGCGUGGACCUGCACACGCGCAAGCUGCGCGAGGGCGCGGCGCCCGGCUACUUCGCGGCGCUGCUGCGCGCGGCGCUGGAGAAGCAGAACCCGGCCUCGCAGCAGAUCGAGCUGGACCUGCUGCGCACGCUGCCCACCAACCGCCACUACGCCGGGCCCGCCUCCGACGGCAUCCCGCCGCUGCGCAACGUGCUGCUGGCCUUCUCCUGGCGCAACCCCGACAUCGGCUACUGCCAGGGCCUCAACAGGCUGGCGGCGGUGGCCCUGCUGUACCUGGAGCAGGAGGACGCCUUCUGGUGCCUGGUGGCCAUCGUGGAGGUGUUCAUGCCGCGGGAUUACUACACCAAGACGCUGCUGGGCUCCCAGGUGGACCAGCGCGUGUUCCGGGACCUGAUGAGCGAGAAGCUGCCGCGGCUGCACGCGCACCUGGAGCAGCACCGCGUGGACUGCACGCUCAUCACCUUCAACUGGUUCCUGGUGGUCUUCGUGGACAGCGUGGUCAGCGACGUGCUCUUCCGCAUCUGGGACGCCUUCCUGUACGAGGGCCCCAAGGUCAUCUUCCGCUUCGCGCUCGCGCUGUUCAAGUUCCGGGAGGAGGAGAUCCUCCGGCUGCAGGACUCCAUGUCCAUCUUCAAGUACCUGCGCUCCUUCACCCGCUCCAUCCUGGACGCCCGGAAGCUGUUCGCCAUCGCCUUCGGGGACCUGAACCCCUUCCCGCUGCGCCAGAUCCGCAACCGGCGCGCCUUCCACCUGGAGAAGGUGCGGCAGGAGCUGUCGGAGCUGGAGGCCAUCCGCCUGGACUUCCUGCGCGAGCGCGACGCCGCCGCCGCCGCCCGGCCCGACAAGGGCGCGCUGGUCAGCGACGAGGAGGACACCUGAGCCCGGGCCCCCGGCCCGACCGGCCGACCGAGCGACCGGCCGACCGAGCGACCGGUGCCCGGCCCGACAAGGACGCGCUGGUCAGCGACGAGGAGGACACCUGAGCCCGGGCCCCCGGCCCGGACCGGCCCUGGCACACCUCCUCCUUCCCCGACCGGCCGACCGAGCAACCGGCCGACCGAGCGACCUGUGCCCAGCCCGCGGCUCCCGGGGCCUGUUCGCAGCCUCUUCCCGCCGCUCCGACGGACCGACCGACCAACCGACCGGUGCACGGCGGGCGGCUCCCGGGGCCUGUUUACAGCGAGGCCCGAGUGUGGGGUCUGCGCCCCCGAACCCCGCGUGGGCGCCCCGUGCGGGGCUCGCAGUGAGGUCCGGGCGAGGAGCGGCUGCAGGAACCCCGCUGCCUGGGGGCCCCCCGCCCGCACCGGCUCCUCCCCCCGCCCGCACCGGCUCCUCCCGGCCUGGGGCCCCCCCGCCCGCACCGGCUCCUCCCGGCCUGGGGCCCCCCCGCCCGCACCGGCCCCUCCCGGGCGCCCGGCCUGAGCGCCUCCGUGGGUUCGGGGACUCAGGGGCUCGGUCCGGGGCGCGGGGCGCUGUUGGGGCCGGUGAGCCGGGCCCCCCCCCAGGCGGCCGCACGGACCAGGGCGGCUGGGAGACGCGUUCCCUCCGGCUGGGUGUUUGGGGUCCCCGCCCCCCGCCCCGGCCACAUGCGGGGGGCCCUGCGCGGGGCGGCCAGUGGGGUCUGGGCGUGCGGAGGGGGCGGGCCCGGCCCGGGAUUGGGGUCCCCCUGCCCUGAGCCACACACCCCCCCUCCCGCGCCCUGUGUCCGUCACUACAGCUUCUAUUUUCAUAGCCGGGUCACGCGUCCCGACGGCAGCCCUGUUUGUACCCGGUCACGGGUGCAGACCCCCAGCGUGCGGGGCACCUUCCCGUCCGCUCUGGCGGUUUGUAUGGAAAGGAAAAUACACGUUUGUACCACGUCCUCACCUGAGAUGCGUCACUG